AUGUUGAAUGUUAACCAAAAUAUGAUUUGGGGAAAGAAAAAGUUGUUUUCAGAAAAAAGUUUUUUAAUUAUUUUUAUUGCUAUUAUUCCAUUAAGCAAAGGAAACCUUACAAAACCAGCUAAAGCUUCAAACACUUGCUUCACACAAGAAUGUAAUGAUACCGCAUCGAGAGUUAUCAAAUACAUGGAUCCCACAGUUAAUCCGUGUGAUAAUUUUUAUAAAUUUACAUGCGGGAAUUUCAUAACUACUACCAAGAUUCCCGAUGACAAGGAUUCAGUGGACAUUUUCAGUACUAUCACUGACCAAGUUCACAAACAAUUGAAAUCAAUCAUUGAAGAGAAUAUUUCUCAAAAUAUGUCGAAGCCUUUUAGGCUUAUUAAUACUAUGUACAACAUCUGCAUGAAUCACUUUGCUAUUGAAAAGGACGGACUGUCUCCUUUACUAAGUAAAUUAAAUAAAUUAGGAGGCUGGCCCGUUUUAGAAGGAAAUAAAUGGAACGAAGAUACUUUCAACUGGACCAAUUCUCUCUAUUUAUUACGAAAUAUGGGCUACUCUGUAGAAUAUCUUUUUGGCUUUGAAAUCGAAAGUGAUUACAAAAACAAUACAAGAAAAGUUAUUAACAUAAAUUCACCUGAGUUGGCAUUUGAUAGUGAAUUAUUAUCAAGUGAACAAGAGAAUAAACUAAUCAGAGAAUAUAAAAAAUAUAUGAUAAAUACUGCAGUUCUUCUUGGGGCUAAACGUCAGUUUGCUGAACAUGAACUCAAGGAAGCACUUUUAUUUGAAAUUAAAUUAGCUAAUAUUAGUUUGCAAAAUGAAAAAGCAGCACCUAAACGUUUUGAACUGAUGACUAUAGCUGAAUUAGAAAAUAAAUAUCCCAGUAUUCCUUGGUUAGAAUACUUUAACAAAAUUCUUGAUCCUCAUGUGAUUUUAGAUAAAAAUGAAGAAAUAUGUGUACAUUAUCCAAAUUUCAUAUCAGAAUUUGAAAAACUUAUUAAUACAACUUCAAAACGAACUCAAGCUAAUUACAUAAUAUGGAGGGUUAUUGUUGAUUCGGUGCCGUAUUUGAAUAAUGAGAUCCGCGAAAAACAAUUCGAUUUUUUGGCAGCAACAACCGGUCUUACAAAAAGGGUGCCCAGAUCAAAUGAAUGCUUAAGCAUAAUUUCGAGUGAAAUGUCUCCAAUUAUUAACGCUCUGUAUGUAAGAAAAUAUUUUCACAAAGACGCUAAAAAUAAUACCAUCGAAAUGGUUAAUGAUAUAAAGAAUCAGUUGAAAAAAACUUUGAAAACAGUUGACUGGAUGGAUGAAAGCACAAGAAAACACGCUUUAGCUAAAGCAGAUGCCAUGAUAAGUCAUAUUGGAUACGCAGAUGAGCUUUUAUAUGAUGAAAAAUUGGAAGAAAUUUUCAAAAAUUUUCAGCUCAAUGAUACUGAUUCGUACUUACAAGCAAUAUUGAAUUUAAAAUUAUACAACGUUGACACAAUCCUUAGACAAUUUCGAAUACCAAUUGAUAAAAAUUAUUGGAUGACUUACGUAGAUCCAAUAGAUGUUGAUGCAUUUUAUUUGGCCUUUCAAAAUAUCAUUCAAAUUCCAGCAGCUAUUCUUCAAGGUGCUUUUUACAAUAAAAACCGCCCGCGAUACAUGAAUUAUGGUGCAAUCGGUUGUUUAAUUGGCCACGAAAUAACACGUGGUUUUGAUACUACAGGAAAGUUGUUUGACAAAGACGGCAACAUGGUUAAUUGGUGGGAACCAUCGACGAAUAAAAAAUAUAUAAAAAAAUCGCGUUGUUUCAUUGAUCAAUAUAACAAUUAUAUAGUCAAAGAAGUUGAAAAAAACAUAAGUGGAUUAAAGACUCUUAAUGGAAAUAUUGCUGACAAUGGAGGAAUAAAAAUAGCUUAUUUAAGUUAUAAAACUUGGGCAAAAUCGCGGAAACCAGAACCACCACUUCCGGGACUUGAACGUUACACACCGAAACAAAUGUUUUGGAUCAGUGUUGGACAAAUGUGGUGCUCUUUACAACGACCUGAAGCUUUGAAUGCUUGGUUACUUAUAGAUGAUCACAGUCCGGGAGAAUUUCGGGUACUAGGAUCGUUAUCAAACUUGAAAGAAUUUUCAGAUGAUUUUAAAUGCCCACUGGGUUCUCCAAUGAAUCCAAAAAAUAAAUGCGCUGUAUGGUAAUCAUUCGCGAAAGAAAAAAAAUAUUUAUGACAUAGGUUUAUAGUGCAAAUUUUAAUAAUACUAAUUUUUUUUUUAUAAAUACAUUCAAACUAUUAAAAUAAAAGACCCAAUUAUAAAUAUAGAUUUACACUGUAAAAAGAGUGGUGUUAAAAAUGGACUCAUUUUAAAUCCGCGCGGUGCUAAAAUGAGUAGGAGGACAGGAGGAGUAAUUCGGCGGUGUUAAAAUACCGGUGUAAAAGCGGGGUAAACUGCGCCCACUCAGAGUAUCAAGUUUGGAAAGCUUAUAAAACGCAAAAAAUGUCUUCACACACACACACACACACACACACACACACACACACACACACACUAGUGGGGCUAGUUGAACAUAGUAAGGGGCUAGUUGUGCAAUGGCUAAAAUAAAUGGAAUGACUGUUUAAAAUGAUAUGAAUACAACAUAAAAUCGUGAUUAACAAGCAAACAUUUAUUUAUUAUGAUUGUUGCAUACUUAUAUCAUUGUUAUAACUCUGAUAUUUAAAAUAAAAUCAAACAAAAUUAAAACUUCCCAAUCUUUGAAUUAUUAUUACUCUUUUUGUAUUUAGAAUUAUAUAUUUAAGAAUAAUUAUUAAAUAAAUCAAUAUCAAACGAAAGAAGUGACUAAUUAUGAGACCAAAAAUAUUGCUAGAUGAUUAACAAUCACAAAUUAUUAAAUCAUUUUUCUUUAUCCCUUAGUCGAAAGUACGCACUUCCCUCCCUAAUUUUAAGGCCUAAAGUCUCAUUUCCCUCUCCUAGUGGAGUUACACGCGCCCCACUUACAUCGCCGGGAGCAAAAAAUUUUUUCGUGCCUACGGAAACAGCCGGCUGCUGCCAUCUACUGAACGUCUACCACUUUAUCAAUAAAAUUUUUGACGAUAACAUCAUAGAUCGUUGCUUUAUUUAUAUGUACGUCAGUGUUUUCGUGUCUCGUUGUUUGUGAUAUUUUAAGUAAACAGUGUACUUGCAAUAAUAAAAUGACUGAAAAAGUAUCAUCUGAUGACUCUAUGGACGAGGAUGAGGUGAUAAAAGAUUUUGAUGCAGAGGCGAGGUUAAUUAUUGAAAGAUUAUGUAUUCAUUUAUAUAUUAUUUAUUGGCAGGAAAAAAAUCUUGUUCAUAGGCAUAAAUUUAUUUCUUUCGAAAAAAAAUAAUUAUUUUUUAUUUUUAUUUUUUAUAAGUAUAAUUAUGUCUUUUUUUUUGUUUUGUUUUUGAUGCCUGCCCCCGCCGACCAGACGCACUCGCUUCGCUCGUGCUUUCAAAUGUCGCGGGGCAGGCAUCAAAAACGCAACAAAAAAAAAAAGGGAGACGGAAAAAAAUUAAAGUUUUAUGUAUGUCCGAAAGAGGCGCGUCAAUAGGGAGCAAAUAAAAAAAACAUGGCCGACCUGUCAGCUGAAGGCAGAACGUGGUUGUGUUGUUUAUAGUAUUCAAAAAUGUAAUUAAUAAACGUACUUUCGACCAGGUAUAAAGAAAAAUCGUAUACACCACACGGGAAGAUAGUUAAA